AUGGUGUCCCUGGUUCAUCAAGUACGACCGGCCCUGCGUCAAUGCACCGCUCGUUCACAGCGAUCCAUCGCAACCAAUGCAACAGAUGCAGCCUCUAAGCUUCUUGACACAUUUUCUGGUAAGGAUGUCGUCCGCAAGCAAUUAUUCGACUCGAAUCAACUUCAACGCCUCAGCUUGACCCUCAACCGGAAAGAGCUGCACCCUGGCGUUGAUGUUUCUUCAGAAGCACCCGCUCAAGGCACGCCCCUGCCCCCGGGCUACCACCUUGUUUACUUCACCCCCACUGGCGUCGAGAGCGAACUCGGAAUGGACGGCACGGAUAAGACUUUCAACGCGCCGGCACACGUUUACGCGGCGGAUGUUGGAGAGGUAGUUGAAGAGCGGACGAGACUAGUCGGAGCGACGCCGAAGAAAAGCAAAAGCGGAGAUGAGAUGGUUUUGGUAGAUGUCGAGAAGGAAUUUCAUGGGCGCGAUGGACUAGUUGUCAAAGACCAGAGAUCGUGGAUAUUUCGGCCAGAAGUCGACUUGUCGCUGGCCACGAAAACAGCACCACCGCGUAGUGAAAGACCACCUGCUUUCGGACCUUCUACCAUCACCGACCAACCGAGUGCAGAAGGAAGCAUAAUUCGUCACUUCCGAUGGUCACCUGUUGGCCUCUUCAGGUUUUCUGCCCUGACCUUCAAUGGUCAUAUGAUCCACUACAACGAGCCCUGGACGAAGGACAUCGAGCGCCAUCCCGAGGUUGUGGUUCAUGGGCCUUUGAAUCUGAUUAACAUGCUGGAUUAUUGGAGAGACGUGUACGGCAAGGACGGCAGGGAAGCACGGCAGGUUACCUAUCGAGCUAUGUCUCCUCUCUACGCCGGCGACAAGUACACGCUUCGAACAGCUGUUGCGGAGAAUGACAAGAGGAACGAGUUGUUCAUCGAAAAGGGCAAUGUUGUUUGCAUGAAAGGAGAGAUCAUUGGCAGCUGA